AUGUUGACUGCUGAUGCUCACUUUUGGUGGGAAGGAGCACUUUGGAGGAUGAUUGAUGAAGGAGUACACUUGAAUUGGGACAAAUUCAAGAAGGUUUUUCUUGAGAAGUAUUUCCCGGAUGAUGUGAGGAGUAGGAAAGAAAUGGAAUUCCUUGAACUGAAUCAAGGGAAUGACACAGUGGCAGAGUAUGCUACCAAAUUUGAUGCUUUGGUUCGUUAUUGUACACACUACCAUGGUGAGGAUGGUGAAAGAGCUAAAUGCAUAAAAUUUGUAAAUGGUCUGCGUCCUGAAGUGAAAACUGCAAUUAACUAUCAGGAGAUAUAUCACUUUCCCACUCUGGUUAAUAAGUGUAGCAUUUAUGAUCGUGACAACCGUGCUCGUGCUGCUUUUUAUAAAGGAGUUGGAGGUCCUAUCCGUGCUGUGAGUUCUAGUACUUCGGGUAGGAGUAAGCCUUACUUCGCUUCUAAUAGAUUUCAAGGGAGUAAAGCUGCUGCUAAUAAAAGUAAGUUGAGAGGAUCAACUGUUAGUGCUACUGGAAGUGUUGAAGGGUCUGUGUUCACUCCUUCAAGAAGAUGUGGGAAGUGUGGACGUGUUGGUCAUAAUCAGUCUAAGUGUCUUGACAAGGAUAUUACCUGCUUCAAUUAUAGUGGCAAGGGUCACAUCAGCACCCAAUGUCCUGAACCACGAAGAACACGUGUUAUUGGAUCAGGUUCGCAAAUUGAGCUUCCAAAGACCGUAGGGAGAGUAUUUGCUCUUAGUGGUGCUGAAGCUGCUCGGUCGGAAAAUUUGAUACAAGGUACUUUAUUCAUAGCUGAGACUCCUUUUGUUGUACUAUUUGAUUCUGGAUUCAGGACCCAAAAUUAA